CCCCCGGUGGCGGCGGCGUCUGUGGCUGUGGCGGCGGCAAAGCCGAGCAGCGGAGUCACUCACGAUGGCGGCGGCAGCGGCGGCAGCGAGGAGGAGAGGGGAGGAGGACAAGCAGCUCAAGGUGCUGAGAGAGAUCUCGAGCCUGACACACAACCGGCGAUGUUUCGAGUGCGACCAACGGGGGCCCACCUACGUCAACACGACCAUCGGCAGCUUCGUGUGCACGACCUGCAGCGGCAUUUUACGGGGUCUGAACCCUCCGCACAGGAUUAAAUCCAUCUCCAUGACCACCUUCACUGACCAGGAGGUGGAAUUUUUACAAAAAAAUGGUAAUGAGGUGUGCCGGCACAUGUGGAUGGGACUGUACAAUGAGCGCUCUGCUCUUAUGCCUGACUUCAAGGACCCCCAGAAGGCCAAGGAGUUCCUACAGGACAAAUAUGAGAAGCGAAAAUGGUUCGUUCCACCGGAGCAGGCCCGAGCGACGGCGGUGGCGGCCGCCCACACAUCACUGUCGGGCUCGUCGGCGAGCAGUGGCAGCAGCACGCCGGAGGUGCGGCCCCUCCGGGCGAUCGCCGGCCGCCUCACGCCGACACCGGACGGCCUCAAGCACACCCCGACGCAGGCCGAUCCCCAGCUGUGGGCAGGCCACAGUCCCACCCUCAGCUGCAGACGAACAAAAAGGCAUCCCACGUGGACCUGCUGGGGGAGCUGGGCGGAGACCCCUUCGCCGCUCCCUCCGUCGCCUCCGCCAACUUCGCCUAACUUCAGCGCCAGCGCGGGAGACCUGGGCUUCGGCUCGGCAAAGGCCGCGUCGAGUGGAGGCACCAACUUCGCCUCGUUUGAGGCGUUUGGAGCACCGGGUGCGCCCACUGGCUUUGCCAACUUCCCCAAAGCAAACCAGCCCGUGAGGGCACAGAGCACAGGGGGCACGUCCAGCUCGGCGUUCCCAAGCUUCGCCGACUUCGACAACUUCCCCAAGUCGUCGAGCGCCGACCUGGGCGCUGUGUCCGCCGCGUCGGCUGCCCCGAAGGGCAGCGUCCCCCCGGCCGACAAGUACGCGGCCCUGGCCGACCUCGACAGCUUGUUCAGCACGGUGACCAAACCGCAAGAAGUCGGCUUGCCAACGUCCGGACCUCCCGGUGACAAGUACGCGGGUUUGGGUGUCCUGGACGGCGCGUACGGGGUCAGCGGCACCCCACCUUCGGCCUCGGCGGCCGUGCACCACUCGGCCAGCGUGCCCGCACCUCCCUUCCCAGGUGCAACCAACCCGUUUGUAGGAGUGGGAGUGUCUGGUUCUCCAAAUCCUUUCCAGACAAAUGGGUUUGCCGCGUUCAGUUCGGCAGGAGCGCAGUCCGGGUUUGGCACUGCAGCCCCGGUCUCGGCGUUCGUGCCGAGCUUCCAGCCGGCACCCAGCACCUUCACGCAGCAGCCGCCGCCCGCACUGGCGGCAGCGGCGGCAGCGGCAGCAGCUGUUUUUCAACAGCAGCAGCAUCAGCAGCAGCAGCAUCAGCAGGCUGCCCUCCAGCAUCAGCAUCAGCAGGCUGCCCUCCAGCAGCAGCAUCAGCAGGCUGCCCUCCAGCAGCAGCAUCAGCAGGCUGCCCUUCAACAGCAGCAUCAGCAGGCUGCCCUUCAACAGCAGCAUCAGCAGGCUACUCUGCAGCAGCAGGCGCUGUACAUGCAGCCGCCUGCCUACCCUGCACAGCACAACGGCACUCCCUUUGGAGCAUUCGUGCAGCCCAAGGCAGCUGCUGCGGUCCCGUUUGCGCAGCCCAUCUCUGCGAUGGUCAACAACCCCUUCAUGGGUGGAACAAACGGCGGGCAGUUUCCCGGCAGCGCCGCAUCCACCAACCCCUUCCUGUAGUCGGGGCGUCCGGCGUGUGGGCGUCAGAGAGCAGCGGCAUCGCAGUCCUCCCACACCCUGACUCCAGAGCGACAUUCGCGGCAACUCCCGGGAACAUAAGGAAGCAAAAGCACGCCCCCUCCGUGCUUCUGCCCACACUGCAGCAGACACCCGCUCCCUCCGUGCUUCUGACCACAAGGCAGCAGACAGCCGCCCCUCCGUGCUUCUGACCACACGGAGGCAAGCAGCCGCCCCUCCGUGCUUUUGACCACACGGCAGCAGACAGCCGCCCCUCCGUGCUUCUGACCACACGGCAGAGCAGACAGCCGCCCCUCCGUGCUUCUGCCCACACGGCGGCAGACACCCGCCCCUCCGUGCUUCUGACCACACGGAGGCAGACACCCGCCCCUCCGUGCUUCUGACCACAUGGCAGCAGACAGCCGCCCCUCCGUGCUUCUGACCACACGGAGGCAGACAGCCGCUCCUCCGUGCUUCUGACCACACAGAGGCAGACAGCCGCCCCUCCGUGCUUCUGACCACACGGCAGAGCAGACAGCCGCCCCUCCGUGCUUCUGCCCACACUACAGCAGACAGCCGCCCCUCCGUGCUUCUGACCACACGGCAGUGGACUGCUGCCCCUCCGUGCUUCUGACCACAUGGAGGCAGACAGCCGCCCCUCCGUGCUUCUGAGCACACGGCAGUGGACUGCUGCCCCUCUGUGUUUCUGACCACACGGCGGCGGACAGCUGUCCCUUCACGAAACCCCCCGGUCAUCUGGAUCACCAAGGCUUCUUCAUCUCGGAAGCACCCAAGUUUCAUAAAAGGUUUUGGGGGGGGGGGGGAACUGAGGCGGCAACCGUUGUUCCAGACUGCUUUUAUUUUAAGAGUGCAUUUUAAUUCAUUAUCAAUAGUGUGGGGGGGGGGGGCGUGGAGGGGGCACUUUUGUGGCAGGUGGUGUCUUGGUUUAUGUUAACCCUUUUUGAUAUUUUAUUUGCUUCGCUGGUAAUAUAGAAUUACAAAUUUCCAGCCAAUAAUUAUGUUUAACUUGUAAUUCUUUUAACAAUGUCUACCAGCCAUUAAGCAUUGGCUGGUGACACGGAUGAUGAGAAUGAUGUCUUACGACGAAUCAUGAAUGGAUCUGAAAAUCCCUUUUAAGUCUGAACUUUCAGCUGUCUUCAUUUCUUUAAUCUAAUUUUCUUGUAUGCAGCAUGUAUUUGUUUUUAUAUUCUGGCGCCUAGCGUAGCAUUACCUGUUACGCCUUUAAAAGCGUCGGAUCAAGAAUAGCUCUCGUGUUUCACCGUGUCACUCGUGUUGAAUUCAGAUUAUAUUAGUGCAGCCAGUAACUACAGACCGUUGCCCUGUUCAAUUCUAGAAAACUAUCCAUAAUAGAGUUUUUUUGGGGGGUUAGAUCACGUAGAUAUAUACAUGUGUCGUUAAACCCGUCACCACCCGACACAGCCAACUAGUAAGGGUUGUUGGAGAGCCAAGCCACAACAUUUACAUAUUCUGUUUACGUGACAACCCUACCUAUUGAGAUGUGUUGGUUGGUGGCGGGUUUAACGACACAUUUAUAUAUUUACACGAUCUACCCCCCCCAAAAAAAACCUCUUAUAGAUAUUGGUCGCGAAAGACUACGUGUUAAACUCUAGAAAACUAAAGAAGCAAUUCGUGUAAAAUUUCUGUAACAAGCUAAUCAUCAUAGGAAACAAAUGGAGAUGCAAUCCAAUAGAUGAUCAUGCUUUGCACAACAGCACUGUGUUAACGUAAUGUGUACAAAGACUCGCCCCCACCAUAGGAAUGUGGAAUUUCCACCACCGGCUAACGGCUGUAAACAGGAGAUGAGCAUCAGUGCCUCAUUGUUCAAACAGGUCGUGCCGACUUGGUGAAAAUUCCAAUUUCAAUUAAUUCCCACGCAAUAUCACAGCUUGAUAAAAAAGUGAAGCUUCACUUACUUUCGCAGAUAAAGAUGCAGCCUCGGCAGUUGAAAUGGGUUCGCCUGCAGGACAUUUUGCCUGAUUUUUUGCUCAAACUCUCAACUUCCUUCCAUUGGCCUCCCACAUCUCAGAACAAGGUGGGGGGGGGACCGUCUCUUCGUUUCUGCAGCCGGGUCCGGUGCUGAGCACCUGCCCUCUACCGGGCUGACGGGCAACUUGCUUACGAGGCGCGCUUUGCAAUGCAAUGUUUUUUUCUUAGAUUCACGUGAGCGUUCGCUUGAUGCGAUUCCCCGCGGUCGCUUCAACAACGAAUCAAAAGUUGCCUAACACAAAGCACCUUAUCUCUGCGUGGCCUCCUGGCUUCUGCCCCCCCCCCCCCGCUUCCCCACUCGUUGUGUAAUGAUGAAUGUUAGCCCAACUCUCAGACGAUGUGUACGAUAGUUCUGCUGUGGAUUGAGCAAGAUUUCUUACGAACUUGCGUUUUUACUGGAAUCAAAGUCCCCCAAGUACGCCUGCCUUUAACAAGAGUGUGCAUUGGUGUAAUUGUGGCUCGCAGCGUAGUUUUAUUUAAUCACGUAUAUUCUGUUAUUUUUACCAAUCGCAGAGAAGAGUAGUCAAUCGACGAAGUGAGCUUUUUGUCAUUCGCAAACCUACACUCGUGUUUGAGAUGACACCGAUUUUGGAUUUAGCUGUCAUCUCGGCCGCUGCCUUGUUAUUAUUUUUCUUCCCGGCAAUUAAUCUCUGUCUGGGGGUUCAAAGUUCAUCACAGUGUGCAGGUGUUGGGGCUGUGUUGGGGGGAAUUGUAGGUACAUGCCUAUUUGACUUAUAAUCAGAAUAUUUAUUGAGACUGGAGCAAUCCAAUGAGCUAUAAAUCUCUUUUUCACACAGGUGUCCAGUAGGGGCAGGUCAGAACGUUAUGACAACAAUACAAAAACACGACAGUAUAGGAAAGGUAAAAAAAAAUAUUCGAAAAAAAUACAAAUCAAACUAAACUUUUUUUAUUUUACCAGGCGAAGCCCACUGAGCUAUAUUAGCUUGUUUCUCAGAAGCGACCUGGCCAAAAAUGAUUGCUCAACGAAGUGGCUUAUCAUCACGUGGACAUUUUUAACCUCCAAAGAAAAACAACAACAACAGCGAUUAUGGGGGGCUGGGGGGGGUUGCCCCUGGUGAAACAAAAAAAAGAUUUUGAAUACCCAUAUGGGCUCUCGUUGCGAACUACGAUUCACUUGAUCGCUGGUGAAACCCACUUGGGUGUUGAAUCCGCAGUCGUGCAGUGCCAGCGGUGUGUCGUCCGCACGGUUACGGUCGGCCGUGUUUUUGUUUUGUGCACAUGUGGGCACGUCAGACUCCUUUAUAAUACUCGAGGCUCAUUUUCACACAUUCUAACGAAGUGUACACAGCAGAUUGCAGUCAUCUCGUUGUCUCGUUUUAGAGAUGUAAACUUAAAAAAACAACACUUAGUCCAAGUGUGGUUUAAAUCCGUUGAGUAGUGUAACGUAUGAAUUUGAGUUAAAUGUUAGUCAUGACCGUAAUCUUAAAAAAUGUGAAACGUUGAAUAAGUUUAAAAUAUAGGAGUCAUUUACACAACGAGUCUCUUUGUAACCUCUGGAGUGGGGGCAGCCUCUCAUUAGAGGAAGUGGAAUGUCACUCAAAACUCAAGCUGUGCCGUCCACGGCAAUUCUUUACCGAGCCCUGUCCUGUGGCUACCAUUUCGAGAGGGUUAGACUAUUUCUAAGUUAACUUGUUGGGUAAAUUCCCCGCCCCCCACCCCAGCUUAUCCCGAUUGUGCUAUCGGUGGCUAGUCACGGGACUAAAGUAUCAAUGCGGAUCUCUCGCAGAGCAUAGCAACCGUUCCACAGAAGCGGAUAUCACGCAACUACAUCUUGAGAUCCCUUUGCACAGCAGAUGGCAGCACUUUCCCACCCUCCCAGCCACACGGAGUGUCAACCCGAUACGAUACAGUUUUUAUUUUAAUUCUCGGAGCUGAAAUCUUUGCCCAAGCUAAAUGCAGAACUAAACUUACAUGUGAUGGGUUUUUUUUUUGGUGCGGUCACUGGUGACCAGGCUGAGACCAUCGAUAAUGAUGUCGUUGUUCUUGCUCGACCUCGCACAGAACCAAUGAUCACUUCGUCCCAAUUUUAAUUUAACGUACGUUUUAGCGCCACUGGAAAGCUGUAUCUAUUUGUUGAACUUCUUUCGCGCCGCACGUAGCCAACCGUGCCAAUCAGACAAAAAACUUAAACACAAUCAGCAGUUCUAAAGAAAGAAAGCUGAACGGCUUUUAAAGUAAAUCUACCUUUCGUUUUCUGUGCUCCCCGUACAUCUUUUCAAUUUUCCACCUUUUUUGCGUUUGGUGAAAACCUGUAAAGUUUGACAGAGAGUUCGUCACCCAAUAUCAAAUCAUUUGCGCACUGUGGUAUUCGCACGUUUUAGAGAUGUUUAGCCGCUUAAGUUUUGCGUUCCGGGCGCGACGUUGCUUUGUGUAAUCCCAGUUUGUUAUUUUUCAUGUAAAUUUUUGGCAAACUUUGACGCUAGCACACAAUGCUCUGAUGUCACGGGAUCUUUAACUUCCCCCACUGUGAGUCAGGUGUCACGUAUUUAUGGUUUAAACACACACUGCAGUAUUAACCAGAGCGGAGUAGCAGAUUUGAACCGUGAAACUCUUGCAACAAGUGGCGAACGUGCUGGGCUAUUGUCAACAUCAUCUUCGCUACCACGUACGUUAUACAUGUGUAGAAAUGUAUCUGCUUGUAGGAAAAAAUCACGAGCUUUAUGUUGGGGGGGAUUGUAUUUCGUUUUCAUCUCGCCUGGAUUAAUCCAAGUGCGUCGCUACACACACUUUAGGUUAGGGAAUACCGUUUGCGCUGGGAAAGCUGGCGUCUUGGACACUUGACCAGUUAAUCCUCACACUGGAUUUUAUUUAAUUAAGGAAUUCGUGGGCUUCAAGCGUCUCUGGCGUUCGCUUUAACAGGCGGUUUAUUUUGCGACCUUGUGUUGUUUUUUUUCGAGCAGUAUUUAUGAAGGUGUCGUCAAAGCCCCAGUUUGUAGAUCGCGAAGAUGGGUAAAGCCGGGACGAUUUCGGUCUAUUCACCGGCUUGUGUGUGCUCCCGUUAUUCGGAGUGCUUUUAAAAAUUCUGACCGCCGCCCCCCCGCCCCUACAUCCCACCGCUUUCCGAAGGCAGGAAACCUCCCAAGCCACACCCAGCGUGACGUGGGCUCGAUGAUGCUGAAGGCGUCACAAAGCGGCCCCCACUCCCUCCCCCGUCUGUCCGUCACCUCCCCAUCGGGUGCCAACACGCGUUGCACAAUUUGGUCGAGCAAUCUCACGGAUAGCGAUCGAUGGAGUAAUAAUCGAUUUUAAUUCUGGAUUUUAAGUUUUCGUGACUGCAAGGAUCCAUACUCUUUGGUUCAUUCGGUAAAGUCACGUAGGUGAAAAUAAAAUAAAAUGAAAAUCGAUUUUACCCAGACAAAUCCCGAUAGUCCUGCUCCUGCAUUGAGCUGACAUGUAGCAUCCUCGUUUGUACUUUGCACAUCUCUUCGGCUGUGAUCUCGCAUCUGUGUUGAGAUGCACGAGCGCUUAUUCCGCAGUUUACAGUGCCCUUGAGCCGUCCUCGCGUAAUUUUACUUUCUCGAAUUAGUAACUCGCACGGGGGAGGGAUUAGAGGUGUAACAAUGCAUACAAUUAAGAUCACUUCCAAAGCUCACGAUAUUUGCAUGGUGGAGCGGUGGUACAGUGGGUUCACACGCUGCUCUUUGAACCCGGAAACCCAAGUUCAAUUCCCAGCGAUGACUCGCAUCAGUGGCGAGGUGAUUAUACAAAUCGGCCCUGGGUCUUUUUUACAAACCUGCAAUGGUCAGCAUGGUGAAGUAUUUUCAAGCAACCCCCCACAAUUGAUACGAUGUGGGGAGGCCAUCAUCCAACGGUGGAUUUACAAGGUGCUGUAAAUUAUAAUUAUUAGCGCGUUUGAUGGAUUUCACAGGACCCCUGCAGCCACUAGUGGCCGCUGGAUCAUGACGGUGACAAUGGAUUUCUGUAAAAGUGCAACUGCUUUUUAUUUUAUUUCUGGUGUUUUUAGUACCUGUGAGCUGAAGUUGUCAAAUUGUUUAACCUAUUUAACAGUGUCGGCUGAGGAGGAGAGUGGCUGCGUUUAAUGAGAGGUUCAAUUGACCCAUUGGAUAGUUCAUUGUAAGAAGGUUAUCUUAGAAAAGUUUUAAUAAGAAAUCAAAGCAAUUGGGUCAUGUUGCAACUCCGAAUGCUCAAAUACAUGUCGCUUACAUCAACUUUGUCUCCGCAACUCUUGAUCCUUGGGUUAUUUCAAAGCCCUCUUUUCCCCAUUAACCGCGCGCACCGUUAAUAAGUGCAGUGGGGUUGACCCCACUGCUCUUUCAAACUUUCAAUGGGCGCGACUGGGACGGCUCUGAGUGGACUGAUGAAAUGACAUUCUGAAAAGUCUCUCAAACGGAAACUCUCAUCAUCAUAAGUCUCACCGCAUCAAAUACGCAAGUACAUUUGACAAACUACCUGUAUAUAAAAUGGUAAAAGUUUUACAAGAAUAAACAGUAUAGACUGUGGCUUUAAGCAGCAGAUUUUUCAUUUUAUGUAGUAUACGCUAUAUAUAUUUUUUUCCCUGAGCCCUUUUUCGCUUUGGUUAACGUGUAUUUCUUUGUGCUAAACAAACAAAAAUGCAGUGUGCCGGGUUUUGCGACAGCUUGGUUUACGUGAAGGUAGCGCCGCCGCGGCGUACGCGCGUCGACCGCCUCGUACCGGGCGCUCCGGCCGCUGCCCCGCCUGCUGCCUUAUGUCCGCUCGUCUUAGUCUAAAUCGCAAGCAGGUGCGUGUGCACAAGUUGUGGGUGCGUGCUCUCGAUUCACAGCCGCUGGUGCCUUCUUACAAUCGUCUCGUUUAAAAAAAGAAACUUGUGAAAAACCCAGAACCGCUGAUGUGCACGGGCGCCUCCCACAGCCGGCAUCUACGUGACCGCCGCCGCCACCAGCAGUAGCAGAAUGGUGCGAGGCAACGCCACACUCGGAAAACGUCGCUGUGGUUUGAUGAACCCGAUACGCGCGCAAUUAUACGGACGCCUAAUGACCAGGGGUCGGCAACCAAAAUAACAAGAAGAGAUUCUAGAUUUGAAGCUUUCGUGACUGCAAGGAUUCAUAUUCUUAGGUUUUUUCGGUAAAGUCACGUAGGUAAAAACAUUAAAAAGUAAAA